AUGCAUGAAUAAAGAAACAAAAAUUAUUUCUGAAUUUAAAAACUUGCAUUGACUGUAUGCCACUUCUAAUCAUAAACAUGAAAUUUUGUCUUCCUUUCACACCAGAUAAAUGAAAAACAUAAAAAAAUUAGAAAGAAAACCUGAAAAGUAGCCCUUUUUUUACUCAAUUAGCAGCCACUAUGGACCAUAUCUAUGCCACUCAUAACUCUCUACAUAAGAAAAGUCUCCUCUCCCACCAGAAAUAUGAGCCAGAAGUCAAACAGAAAGAAAAACUGAACAUUGUCUUAUUUUGAUCUAACUAUGGUCAACAUGAGACAAAUCUUGCCGUGAGCGAGAGCGGAAAACUAGGAUGACAGGCAAGAACACUGCGAAACACUCAAAAAAACAAAAACGGACUCUACUAUGGAGAAAACGAAUAUGUUUAAACUUGGUGUCAAGGAAAUGGUCCUGAAAAUUUUGCUUAUGUUCGUGGUCUUCCCGUUUUGCUUGUCAACCGACACUAUAAACGUAAAUGAAUCGAUUACAGACAGAAAUGUCAUAGUCUCAAGAAAUGGAAGUUUUGCCUUGGGAUUUUUCAGACCAGGCAAUUCUAGCCAUAAAUACCUUGGCAUCUGGUACAACGAGCUACCAGAAAAAACCGUAGUGUGGGUUGCAAAUAGGGAAAAUCCAAUUCCUGGUUCUUUAUCAGGAUUCCUGUCUAUUAAUCCAGAUGGAAAUCUCGUGCUCCAAAUCAAUAACAGUGUGGACGAACAACUUCCUCUUUGGUCUACUAAUGUUUCAUCAGAAGCAAGAACGGAAUCUUGUUGUGCAGCGCAGCUUUUAGAUUCUGGAAACCUUGUUUUGAUAAAAAAUGGAAGUCGAAAUAUUGUUUGGCAAAGCUUUGAUUAUCCAACAGAUACAGUGCUUCCAGGUAUGAAACUGGGGAUAGACAGGAGAGUUGGCUUAGACAGGUUCUUAACAUCGUGGAAAUCGAAAGAUGAUCCAGCAACCGGGGACUGGCUGUACAAGCUUGAUCCUACUGGCUGUCCACAGCUCUUUCUUCGGUACAAAGAUUUAACUCGAUAUUGGAGAAGCAGCCCCUGGCCUUGGAAUUAUGAACUCGUGCCAGGUUCUUUGGUUAUCUCUGUUUACAAUCAAGAUGAAAUUUACCACUCAUUCCUUUUAGAUGGUGAUGAUAGGUUCGCUCUCUCAAGAGUUGUAGUUAACACUUCUGGAUUAUUGCAGCUGUUUACUUGGGACCGUAGUUCUUUCCAGUGGAGGGAAUCUCGGUCCAUGCCUAGGUACAAGUACGGGCAUUGUGGUGCUAACAGUCUAGUGACUAACAACAACAUCGAUAACUUUGAAUGCAUCUGCUUGCCGGGGUACCAGCCCAAAUCCUUGCAGCAGUGGAAUCUUAGAUACGGUUCAGCUGGAUGCAUACGGAAGAUUCCUGAAACUUCAAUGUGCAGAAAUGGAGAAGGGUUUGUAAAGGUAAGGAAAGUAAAGCUUCCUGAUACUUCAAUUGCUGCUUUACUGAACAGGAAUUUGAGUGGCAGUGAAUGUGAACCAGUCUGCUUAAGAAAUUGUUCGUGUAAAGCAUUUGCAAGCUUAGACAUAGACGGAAAAGGAGUUGGCUGCUUAUCAUGGUAUGGCGAAUUAAUGGAUACUAAUACUAUGGAGCAUUCCGAGGGAAGAGACGUGUACAUUCGUGUCGAUGCUGCAGAACUAGCAGCUGCAUAUGCUGAAAAGAAAAAAGGUUUUCUCGCAAAAAAGGGCAUGUUGGCCAUUCCAAUAGUAUCUGCUGCUUUUAUACUGCUUAUAACCGUCCUAUUUGGCAUUGCGUGGCUAAGGAAGAAGAAGCAAAAAGAAACUAGGCAAACAACAGAUUUGACAACUUUCGAUCUGCGCACCAUAUCUGCUGUCACAAACAAUUUUAAUCCUGCUAAUAAACUUGGACAAGGUGGUUUUGGCUCAGUAUACAAGGGUAAGCUAGACGAUGGGCAAGAAAUUGCUGUAAAAAGAUUAUCGCAUAGUUCGGGACAGGGAAUAUCAGAGUUCAAAACAGAAGCAGCGUUGAUUGCAAAGCUUCAACAUAGGAAUCUUGUAAAACUUAUAGGAUCCUGCAUUGAGGGAGAAGAACGGAUGCUAAUUUACGAGUAUUUGCCGAACAAAAGCUUGGAUUGCUUUUUAUUUGAUCAUACAAGAAGACUGAUUUUGGAUUGGACAAAACGGUUUGAAAUUAUAGUAGGAAUUGCUCGCGGAAUCAUGUAUCUUCACCAUGAUUCAAGACUGAGAAUUAUUCAUAGAGAUUUGAAAACUAGCAAUGUGUUAUUAGAUGCUGAUAUGAAUCCAAAAAUUUCUGAUUUCGGCAUGGCUAGAAUAUUUAAAGGCGAAGAACAAGUUCAAGACAAGACUAAUCGAGUUGUCGGAACAUACGGUUACAUGCCACCAGAGUACGUAAUCUUCGGAUUAUUCUCAGUGAAAUCUGAUGUAUUCAGUUUUGGAGUUAUAGUGUUGGAGAUCAUAAGUGGCAAGAAGAGCAACUCUUGUUAUUCAAAUGAUGUUUCAUUGAAUUUGAUCGGACAUGUUUGGGAGCUAUGGAAACAAGACAGAGUGUUGGAAAUAGUUGAUUCGUCGCUAAAACUAAAAGGUUGUGAUGAUGUAAUAAUGAGAUGUAUUCAGAUUGGACUUCUGUGUGUGCAAGAAAAUGCAAAGGAUAGACCGAACAUGCCUAGUGUCGUUUUGAUGUUGAACGGUGAAACGACACUACCAAGUCCGCAACAGCCUGCAUUUUGUUUGGGAAGUAAUAAGAAUGUCAGUACCGUUCCGCAAGCAUUACUCGGAGGAGAAACAAGUUGUUCCAUGAAUGAGGUGACUAUUACAAAUGUCGAAGCAAGAUAAUGAUGAAAAUAUAAGCUUAGGAUUAUUGUCGGUUCAUUUCACCGAGACGGCAUAUUCAAGUCUUUCAUAUUCAGGCUAUGUUCGAGCCGAAUAGAUCUCUUGCGGGAGGUAAAAUUCGACCUUCAAUCUUUAAACAACUGCAUACAUGAAUAUAAUUUGACUUCGCAAUUCUAUUUAAGUUAGGAAAGCAUUUAUCAAUUGAAUUACGCCUCGGAAAUAUAACUAUAA